AGUACAGUGCAUGCUCUAGCAGUGCGUCUGCCCUCCCCUUACCAUCUUAGGAGGACCACAUGACAGCCUGAGAGUAGCUGUCAGUCUGUCGCAAACUGUUUCAGAAAGGCGCUGUCGCCCCGAAGACACAAAGUCGGAGAAGGAUCCUGUUAGAAUGUCGAGCUCUCUGGUUGUGUGUGAAGUGGAUGAAACUCUGAAAGACAAACUGAAAAAGUUCAGAUUUCGAAAGGAGACCAACAAUGCUGCAAUACUAAUGAAAAUAGACAUGGAAAAACAAAUGGUCAUCCUCGAGGAGGAAUAUGAGGACAUCUCACUGGAUCAGCUGAGAGAUGAACUUCCAGAGCGGCAACCCAGAUUCAUUGUGUACAGCUACAAGUACAUCCACGCCGAUGGCAGAGUGUCUUACCCGCUGUGUUUCAUAUUCUCCAGUCCAAUGGGGUGCAAGCCAGAGCAGCAGAUGAUGUAUGCAGGGAGCAAGAAUCGACUGGUCCAAGCUGCAGAGCUCACAAAGGUCUUUGAGACAAGAAACGCAGACGACUUGACGGAAGAAUGGCUCAAGAAUCAGCUGGCAUUCUUUCGCUAAACGGGCGCCCUGUGUAUUAUCAGCCUCUUGCCUUUGUGUAACCUUUGUGUCAAUUGAUGGCCAGUUGUUGUGUAAUUGUUAUUAAAUGAUUUACUGAA